GAAGCUGGUAAACACUUUGUAUACCUGAGUAUACGAGUGGCGCUUCGGUUUUCCUCAAGAGUAAUCAACUGUCGUCUGCCGUCUGGACAACCCCGGCAUACGUUUAGACUUCAACGCUUAUUGCGAGUAAUUACGAUGCAGUGUACCUUAAUUGAAUUAUACAGGUACAGGUCAUUGUACGGACAUAAAUUUGCGAUUUAGAGUCUAACGAAGAGCGACGCCUUUACCGACGGAUUAAGAAGCGCCACUUUUCAUAUCGCGCCUGGGCAUUAUGAGAUAGGUGUAAGAGAGCAAUUUAUAAACUCGACGUCAUUAUAGUUGAUUAAUAACUAUAUACACAUUAAGACGCGCUGUCUGGCGGCCGACUGUCACAAGCUGCGCGACGCGGGAUCGGCUCUGUCUUUUUCGAUCGGACGUUCGAAGAAUAAAGUUUAAUCGCGGGCAAGCUUUUUCCUUACCUGCAUCUCGUUAGUGCUUUUGACUUGAUGACAUGAAACUAUGCGACUAGUAUACCUAUAAAAAGAAUCAAAACUGCAAUAAGCAUUUUGUCACCUCCACCCACCAUGAACGGUAACUCGAUCCCUAAAACCACCUACCACUACCUACCCACCGCCUCCAGCCUACCCUCCCACAACAAGUUCACCCACGACAGCAGCUCAAAAGUCCGCUACGAGAUCCUCAAGGAGGCUAUUACCCAGAAAGAUCGGGGCACCAUAAUCUGGCUCCUCAACGAAGGCUGUCCAGUCAACCUACCUACAGCUGACCAUCAGGACACGCCCCUGCACGUCGCCGUCCUCGCUAACGAUCUCGACGUCGCCAGGAUCCUCAUCUGCGCCGGUGCUCAGAUCGAUGUUCCCAAUUUCCAGAAACAGACUCCGCUGCACCUGGCCUUCGAGAUGCGCCAGAACGAGAUGGUGGACCUGUUGUUGACUCAGUGCGAUGGGAAAGUCAACCCGUUCACCGUUUACGGUUUAUCCCACUUCCACAUCGCCUGUGUGAGGAACAACUGGCUGGUCGCUAACUCGUUUCUCCAGCAGGGAGUCAACGCCAACGUCUACCUGGAAAAGUGCUUUUAUGGAAGGGAUUACAGGUACUAUCGGCCGUUGCAUCUGGCGGUUAAACACGAGAACUUGGAGGUUGCCGAGUUGCUGUUGAAGUAUGGUGCCAAUGUUGACGCCAGGGAUAGGUACAAACGGACUCCCUUGCACCUGGCUUGUAGGUACAAUUACAGGAGGAUUUGCGAGGCCAUAAGAACGGCUGACAUCGAGAGUCCUCGGGACGUGUUGAGGUUGAUCAAAGAAGAAGAUAACCAGGUGCACAUCGUUAAGCUUCUGGUCAGGUACAAGGCGAGCAUCGAUGCUUUGGACGCCAAUGACACGCCUCCUCUGUUCCACGUGUUCAAGUGCGAUUACAGAGAAAUCAAGACAGCCAUUCGAGAGAAGAUUGUGAUCGAUGACCAGGAGUUCUGGGACGAGGUCGUCGAGGUUUUCAAGAACGUGCAGAGGGAGAAGUUCUACGCGUUGAUACAACGAGAUGCCAAUGUCAAGUUCUGCUCCCAGUCGAAGGAUACGUUGCUGCACCUUGUUAUCGACGGUCGGAAGCUCUUCACGGGAUACAAUCCUCUGGCUACCAAAGAGAGGGACCUCAGUGACGAAGAGAAGGCCGAGUGCGUGGACCUGCUGUGCAAGUACGGCGCUGAGGUUGACGCCAAGAACUCAGCUGGGCUGACGCCGCUACAGAUGGCCAUACAGUACUACCACGUCAGAACGGUCAAGGCACUACUGAACCACUUCGCGACUGUGAGCAACGUCUGCUUCUUCCACUACAAGAUCCCGAAGAGGGAUGCCGGAGGGAACUUCGAGUUGAGGGAAAUGGAGAACUUCCUGGACAUCAUCGCCAUGAUGUUGAAGCGCAAGUCCGAUCUCAACAUCAACAGGAGCAACGAGCUGCUGAUGCUGAGGUACAUGGCUACAGAAUCGAACGUUCAGCACUUCGAGAACUGCAACACAGUGGACCUGAGACAUCUCCUGGACUUUGGCGACAUCAACAGCAUGAACGUGUCGUUCUACAUCUCCGAGAGAUCGUUACUGUCCAACCGGGAGAAGAUCGGCCUGGUGUUCGAGCACAUCCAGAAGCUCGAGAUCGCCGGUCUGCACGUGGACGAGAACAUCAAGCGUGAGUUUCUCAAGUGCGACUGCGGUGUCGUCGAAAGCGCCUGCAACAAGGCUUUCCUCGAGAAGUGCAGGGAAGACAUCGGUAAGUUGAAGGUUGUGAUGAUCGAUCGGUACGCCUCGUUCUACGACCUGCUGUUCUUGAACGCCAAUGAGGUAGCGGUGAGGGUGAAGAACGAAGACUUCAGGAAAUCGGUCAGGACGAACUGCAAGCUCAACUUCACGCUGUACAACGAUAUAAUCGUCAAGCAGUUCGUCAAGGGUAUGGUAAGAUCGAUCUUGCUGGAAUCGGCGAAGGAGUACUUGAGCUUCAUCAUCAGGGUGGAUCUGCCCGAUCCAUGUUCGGAGAAUAUUCUCAGUCAUCUGAAGAACGAAGAUCUGUGCAAUCUCGCACUGGCCUUCGAGAAGUGAUUCUUGUGCGAGACUUUUUUUAAACUUUCAUUAUCGCAACGUGUAGGGAUUCACUUGCGUUUCAUUUGGCAUUUGUUCAUUGAAAUUCAACACCAGAUAAAUUUUGUAGACAUUUAUUACUUGAAGCCUGCUAGCAUUACAAAAGAAAAAUUGUACAUUAAAAUAUGAUUGAAGUGAAUAAACAUAAAUUUUAAAUUUCUACAUCAGAUUUUCUUCUUCCUACAAUACUAUACUGUAACGACAGUAUAAAUCUAUUUCCAAACAGAUAAUAUAUUCGGCAAUUUCACAUUGCAAAUGGGUAAAAAAAGAGUAUAUCGUGCUGCGAAAUCAACGUACGAAAAAUGUACGUUUCACAAAGUCAAAAUGUGUUUAUAGAUUCUUUUUUUUUUAAUCAAGGUGCAGGCCCCUCGUAUUUUUAAUUUUCUGCUUAAAACCUACAUAGUAUAAUAUGGCAUGAGACGUAUAGUGAUACAUGACUUAAUUUACAUGCGCGAUAACGAUGAUAAAUGGUUGCUAACGUUAUCGUUACUUGUUACGUUAUAGCUAUAUAUAAAUGCGAAAUGAAGCUAUUAAUACUCUUGAUAUAAUAUCGACUAUGAUUUUCGAAAAGGGACUGCGAGCUACGGAAUGUUUCGACCCGCGCUGUGAAUUUUGAUUAUUUUUAUCUUGUGUGUAAUUGAAUUUGUACCGCGGAUAUAGCAGCAAAGGCACUUGCAGAAGGGUACAUUGAAAAGUGAGUUAGAAACUACUGAUCGUGAUCUGAUUAACAUAUGCAAGUCUUCGAAGAGCAGCAAAUAUAAACUUCAAAAGU